UUCCACUUUUUGCUUGGAUAAAGAAAAGCCCUUAUUCCCUUUGAUUUCCAAGUCAAAAUCAUCAAACCCUCUCUCUCUCUCCCUCCCCCUCCGUGAGACCAAAAACCAAAGAGAACAUGCAGAUUUUCGUGAAAACCCUAACUGGGAAGACCAUCACUCUUGAGGUUGAGAGCAGCGACACCAUCGACAAUGUGAAAGCCAAGAUCCAGGAUAAGGAAGGCAUCCCUCCUGACCAGCAGAGAUUGAUUUUUGCUGGUAAGCAAUUGGAGGAUGGCCGAACUCUUGCAGAUUAUAACAUCCAGAAGGAGUCAACGCUUCACCUGGUUUUGAGGCUGAGGGGAGGAACUAUGAUUAAGGUGAAGACUCUUACUGGGAAAGAAAUUGAGAUUGAUAUUGAACCAAAUGAUACCAUUGACCGGAUCAAGGAAAGGGUUGAGGAGAAAGAGGGAAUUCCUCCAGUGCAACAAAGGCUUAUCUACGCUGGCAAGCAGCUUGGAGACGACAAAACAGCUAAAGACUACAACAUUGAGGGGGGCUCUGUCCUUCAUCUGGUGCUUGCACUACGGGGUGGCAGUCUUUAAUCGUAUUUUCGGUUUAGGCAAAACUCUUUUGUUUGGGCUUUUUUUGAGUCUUGAUACUUGAAAACAUUUGAGUUGCAUGUCUUUUGUUGAUAAAUUCGAAUACAUGGCAAGAAAGCUUGUUGUUCUAAGUUGGUUAUUGUGGACAUAAUUAUUACUGUGUUACAUACAUAAUUCUCUGUC